AUGUUCAACCCGAUCAUCUUCCAGGCGCCCAGGGCCUCCUACAGCAAGACGUCCUUUCCCAGAAAUCUUUGCACGAUUCCAUGGAAUCCGAUGAUUUCGCCAGGCCGGACCGGGGGCGUGCCGUGCCUCUGGUUUCCGGCGCCGAAAGCCGCCUCGGUCGUGAUGUACUUCCACGCCAACUCCGAGGACAUUGGCACGGCCUUCCAUUUCGUAAAGCACAUGCGAGAUCAGUUUAAGGUAAACGUCAUCGCUGUGGAGUACCCCGGAUAUGGACUCUUACAGGGCAUCGAGCCCAAUGAGGAGACCAUCUUCGAAGUGGCGCUGACGGUCUUCAGAUACCUCGUGGACGACUUGCGAGUCAGCUAUUCUUCUGUCAUAGUCUUUGGAAGAUCCUUGGGGAGUGGGCCGGCGAUCUUUUUGGCAUCACAGUAUCCCCUUGGGGGCAUGAUACUGGUGUCACCCUUCAUCUCCAUCCGCGCUGCAGCCAAACACAUCGGCGGCAGAAUAGUGGCCUUCAUGUUCAGCAACGUCUUUCAGAACCACAAGAGGAUUGUCAAUGUCUCCUGCCCGGUGCUCUUUAUCCACGGCGCCAGCGAUAGCCUGAUACCCGUGGAGCACUCGAAGACACUUUUCAGCCUCUGCCGCUCAAGAAAGUUGCUCGUUACGCCGGCCAAGAUGGACCACAACAGCAGCAUGUUCAGUGAUCCGAACGCCUUCGCCGUGCCGGCCAUCCAUUUUUUCGGCUUCCCCGGCUGGCGCACCCUGACGCCGCCCUUCAUGCCUUUUGACCUCUUUGAGGCAGGAGGGGGGUUCAGGGUUUAG